AUGUUCAACGCGCUCAACCGGUUUAUGUCCCGCCUAGAUGGCGAUGCCCCGCAACGUCAACAUGACCGCGACUCGUUUGGCUUCCAGGUGCUGCGGAACACGAACCUCGAGCUACCAAUUGAGCCCUGGUUUGAUUACAUUGUUGGAAUUAAUGGAAGGCCAAUCGAUAACCCCGACCCGAGCCUGUUCGCGCAGGAGGUUCAGAAUUGUGCUGGCGGAACUGUGACGUUUGGAUUAUGGAGUGCAAAGGGUCAACGAACAAGAGAAAUGCACAUUCCCGUGCCCGUGGAUACCGCAGCGCUGGGGCUUUCUCUUCAGUUCGCGCCCAUCUCUCUUGCAGCCAAUAUCUGGCAUGUUCUUGAUGUCCCGGCCAAUUCACCAGCCGAUGUUGCCGGGCUGCUACCUUACAGCGACUACAUCCUCGGCAGCCCAGAAGGCGCCCUACAUGGUGAAAGCGCCCUCGGUGAGCUCGUGGAAGACUUCAUCGGGCGACCUCUACGGUUAUACGUCUACAACAACGAGUACGACGUUUCGCGCGAAGUCACAAUACAGCCUAGUCGAAACUGGGGUGGAGAUGGGGCUCUGGGGUGUACUUUGGGCUACGGAGCGCUGCACCGGCUGCCAGCUCCAUUGAGCGAACCCGUCAACGCUCCUGGAGAGACAAUGUUCGAUGGCGAAUUCAACGAGAAGAGCGGAGGAGAGUUCAUCUCGACGGAGGCUAGCCCUCCUCCGCCACCAACAGGCGACUUUUUGGUGCCCGCGCAGAUAGUCAGUGCGCCUCCACGGGGUGGGACACCGCGGGGUGGAAAGAAGAAGGAACGCCACGCGCCUAACAAUUUCAUGGAUGACUAUCUCAAGGAAGAAGAACAGAAGAGCUUGGCGUUGGAUAAUGCACCUAAAGGCAAGGGUACAGGUCUACCACCGCCUCCCAAAGGCGCCAGCGGUCCACCAAAAGCAGGGCCCAAAGAGGAUGCAGCGGAUGACGGCGGAGCAUGA